AUGCUGGUCGCAGUGCUUGAAGUGAUUGAGUUAAGAAUAAAGGAAGAAACUAGCAAGGCUCACGUAACAAGCAGAAUAAAGGAAGAAACUAGCAAGACUCACGUAACAAGCAGAAUAAAGGAAGAAACUAGCAAGACUCACGUAACAAGCAGAAUAAAGGAAGAAACUAGCAAGACUCACGUAACAAGCAGAAUAAAGGAAGAAACUAGCAAGACUCACGUAACAAGCAGAAUAAAGGAAGAAACUAGCAAGACUCACGUAACAAGCAGAAUAAAGGAAGAAACUAGCAAGACUCACGUAACAAGCAGAAUAAAGGAAGAAACUAGCAAGACUCACGUAACAAGCAGAAUAAAGGAAGAAACUAGCAAGACUCACGUAACAAGCAGAAUAAAGGAAGAAACUAGCAAGACUCACGUAACAAGCAGAAUAAAGGAAGAAACUAGCAAGACUCACGUAACAAGCAGAAUAAAGGAAGAAACUAGCAAGACUCACGUAACAAGCAGAAUAAAGGAAGAAACUAGCAAGACUCACGUAACAAGCAGAAUAAAGGAAGAAACUAGCAAGACUCACGUAACAAGCAGAAUAAAGGAAGAAACUAGCAAGACUCACGUAACAAGCAGAAUAAAGGAAGAAACUAGCAAGACUCACGUAACAAGCAGAAUAAAGGAAGAAACUAGCAAGACUCACGUAACAAGCAGAAUAAAGGAAGAAACUAGCAAGACUCACGUAACAAGCAGAAUAAAGGAAGAAACUAGCAAGACUCACGUAACAAGCAGAAUAAAGGAAGAAACUAGCAAGACUCACGUAACAAGCAGAAUAAAGGAAGAAACUAGCAAGGCUCACGUAACAAGCAGAAUAAAGGAAGAAACUAGCAAGGCUCACGUAACAAGCAGAAUAAAACCGUCUCCGAAACUUACAUGA